AUGAUUGUACACGGCAACCCGAGUCCAAUAUUUAACAGUUACCUUUCCUUGGGGGAAACAGAGGACCUUAGGCACUGGCUGGGAUUACCCCCAUCUUUGGUUGUGACUGAGGGGCCCUUCCCCGCUUCCCCCGAGCUCCCGACCCAGGAGCUGCAGUUUGCCAACAGGACCAACUCCACGGACUGCGGAGAGGAAAUCUUGUGGUACGGGGACGUGGAGAAAGUCAUUAUCGGGAUUGUCCUUUCCAUCAUCACCCUCACCACCAUUGGUGGGAACUCGCUCGUCAUCAUUUCGGUCUGUAUAGUUAAGAAGCUCAGGCAGCCUUCUAACUGUCUGGUGGUGUCGCUGGCCGCAGCGGACCUAUCGGUCGCCCUGGCGGUCAUGCCCUUUGUCAUUGUCACAGACUUGGUGGGCGGGGAGUGGCUCUUCGGAAAGUUCUUCUGCAAUGUCUUCAUUGCCAUGGACGUCAUGUGCUGCACCGCUUCCAUCAUGACACUGUGCGUGAUCAGCGUGGACAGGUAUCUGGGGAUAACCAGGCCCUUGACAUACCCGGUGCGGCAGAAUGGGAGGCUAAUGGCGAAGAUGGUGUUCAUCGUGUGGCUGCUGUCUGCCUCCAUCACCCUGCCACCCCUUUUCGGCUGGGCCACCAACGUAACGGUGGAGCAUGUCUGCCUCAUCAGCCAGGACUUCGGCUACACUGUCUACUCCACAGCUGUUGCUUUCUACAUCCCCAUGACAGUCAUGCUCAUCAUGUACUACCGCAUUUACAAGGCAGCCAAGAUCAGCGUCAAGAAGCACAAGUUCACUUGCAUCCCACGACAUCCCAACCGCAAUGGUAUCUACAGCAUGGACCAGGAGGUGCGGGUGGGUCAGCACCGCCAUGUCCCGCGCCGGGACAGGGUGCCGGAAGAGUGCGCCGCGCUCUCCAAGCUGCUCCAGCCCAACCGCAGGAACAUCUCCAUCUUCAAGAGGGAGCAGAAAGCCGCCAGGACGCUGGGCAUCAUCAUGGGUGCCUUCACCUUCUGCUGGCUGCCCUUCUUCCUCCUCUCCACUGCCCGACCCUUCAUCUGCGGCAUCAAGUGCAGCUGCAUGCCCCUGAGGCUGGAGCGGACCUUGCUGUGGCUGGGCUAUGCCAACUCCCUCAUCAACCCCCUUAUCUAUGCCUUCUUCAGCCGGGAUCUGAGGACUACCUUCUGGUUCCUGCUCAGAUGCAAAUACAGAAACAUAAACCGGAGGCUGUCUGCGGCCAGCAUGCACGAAGCGCUGAAAGCAAAGGAGAGACCUCAGUGCAUAUUGUAA